AUUUACAGAUAAGGUGCACUGUACGAACCUCUUCUCCUUCCUCACUCACUCAUCUCCUUCUUCUGCUUCUUCUUCUUCUCACCAUGCUUUCUGUAACAACAAACACCUUUAAGCUUAUCAUCUCUUCACCAAUACACAGCACCACCAACUUCCUAACAACCCAUCAACCUCCAUCCCCAAAUCUGAAACCGUCUCUUCGUCCUAUCUCUGCAACUCUCAUUCCUGCCCCAACCCCACCAUCGAAUCAGCAACAGCAACUCUACCAACCAUUCAGACCUCCUCCUUCUCCGGUUCCUUCCCAGUUCAAAUCCCUUGACGCCGCUGGCCGUCUCGACGUCCUCGCCAGCCGCCUCGGCCUCUGGUUCGAGUACGCCCCACUUAUACCUUCCCUUUACCAGGAAGGCUUCGCUUCUCCUUCCAUUGAAGAGUACACUGGAAUCUCCGGUGUGGAGCAGAAUCGCUUAGUGGUCGCUGCGCAGGUGCGGGAAUCUUUGGUUCAAUCAAACACUGAUCCAGAUUUGGUUGCUGAGUUCGACACCGGCGGGGCUGAGUUGCUCUACGAGUUACGGCUUCUGAGCGCCGCGCAGAGAGCUGCGGCUGCGAGAUUUAUUAUUGAGAAUAGGUUUGAUGCUAAGGGUGCUCAAGAUCUUGCUCGAGCGAUGAAGGAUUAUCCUCGUCGUCGUGGGGAUAGAGGGUGGGACUUUUUUGAUUAUUCUCUUCCUGGUGAUUGUCUUUCGUUUAUGUAUUACAGGCAGAGUAGAGAGCAUCAGAAUCCAUCGAGUGAAAGAACAGCUGCGUUACAGCAGGCAUUGGAAGUUGCAGAGUCUGAGAAAGCAAAGGGUGAGGUGAGUAGAGAAUUGGAAGGGGAUAGUGAGAAAAAGGGAGGAAAAGAAGAUGGGGUUGAAGGUACAGUUCGUGUUCCUGUUGUGAGGAUGAAGAUUGGAGAAGUUGCAGAAGCCAGUUCAGUGGUGGUAUUACCUGUUUGUAGAGCAGAAGAGAGCGAAGCUGAGUUAUUAGAAGUACCAUGGGAGUGUAAAAGUAAAGGAGAGUUUGGGGUUGUAGUGUCUGAGAAAGGAUGGAAGAGGUGGGUGGUUUUGCCAGGAUGGGAACCAGUUGCAGGGUUGGGAAAUGGAGGAGUAGUGGUGGCAUUUGGGGAUGCUAGAGCUCUGCCAUGGAAGACAAAGAGGUGGUACAAGGAAGAGCCUGUACUGGUUGUCGCUGAUAGAGGGAGGAAGGAAGUGAAAGCUGAUGAUGGGUUUUACUUGGUGAAUGUUGCAGAUGAUAAUGGUGCCGGAUUGAAAAUUGAAAGAGGAUUAUCAUUGAAAGAAGCUGGAGUUGAAGAGAGCUUAGGCACUGUGGUUCUGGUUGUUAGGCCACCAAAAGAAGAAAUUGAUGAUCAAUUGAGUGAUGAAGAUUGGGAAUGAGAUCAAGAUCAAGAUCAGAUUUUGAAUUGUUAAUCUUUCAUUACCAGGCCAGAUUGGUACUGGGUGUCAUAAUGAAUUUGUUAAACAAAGGUGAAAACUUGAAGGUUGGAUUCAAUCACAUUAAGGUUUACUUGCUUGCCCUGUAACAGGGUUUUUGUUUCAUAGGGAAGCAACUUAGUUUUUGCUUUGUAUCUAGCUUGUAAUAGAUAAUAUUGAUUUGGGUUCACUAAAAUCCUUGUCUUUGAGUAAAUUAAGGUUUAAAGAAUUGCUUUUGA